AUGUCCGAGCGAAAGCGGGAAAGCAAUUUUACCAAUGCAGAAAUUGAUUUAUUGUUGCAUUUAUGCAACACAAACAAAAAAAUAUUGGAAAAUAAAACAACCAAUGCGGUUACGUGGAAGGAAAAAAUUUUGGCCUGGGAAAAAAUCCAUACACAAUUUAAUUCUACAACCGAUGGUCCAUCCAGAUCUAUUAAAAACCUCAGAUCAAAAUAUGAUUCAAUGAAAAAAGAAGUGAGGAAAUCGGUUGCAAAACAAAAGAAGUAUGUUACUGGUACUGGUGGAGGUCCAUUCAUAAGUGAGGUAAAAUUAAGCCCUGCUUUGGAACAGUUGCAUCAAAAUAUAAAACUCAGCUCUGAUGGGUUAAUUUGCCAAUUUGACUCAGAUAGCAGUCAUAUAAAUUUAAAAAGUACUGAGGAAUUAGAUUUUUCCAUCAUGAUGGAAGAAAUAGAUGAUCCAUCAAUAUUAGAGGAAAAUAUAUUAGAUAAUAAUUCACCUACUAAUCCGACAGACACCAUACGAGUAAAUUUUAGUGAUUAUAAUGCUACAAUGCUACAGACUGGAAAGCCAAAAGAACUAAAGAGUAAAAUAAGCACAGACAUUGUUGUGGAUCAACUACCAACCUCCAGCGCAUCAUUAUUUAAAAAAUCAAGCUCUCUAGAGCAAACACGGAUUCAUUUUUCUAAAAAAAAAAAAUCAACAGUUUCAAGUGUGGCGACUAAUUAUAAUGAUUUGUGUACCUCAAAGGCAGAACUUGUAGAAAGAGAAUUGAAUUUAUUGGGAAAAAAAGAACAGGAAGAUACUAUUGAACAUCAACUACGAACUAAAAAACUUAAGUUGGAAAUCGAGAAAUUAGAAUUAGAGAUAUUGUUACUAAAAAAAUCUACUGUCUAA